AAAAUUGUUUACCAGUGAAUAAAAUAUAAUGAAAUUGAUUAAUAACUAAGUUUUCUAAAAUUUCUAAAAGGGCUUUUUCGACAUUUAAAGAGUGGCAACAGAUGCUGCCGCUGCUGACCCCCAACGAUUAAAUCGAAUGAAGGCAAAAAAAAAUCAGAUCCAAAUAGAUGCCACUAUGUGAAGAAAUCCUGUUUUUACUUUCAAAACAAGCUCACUUUCCUUACUCCUCUUGUUGGCAGUGAAAGAGAGAAAUUCGCUCACGGUGUAUGGAAUGGGGCGGGGGGCUUUUUCUUUCAACUAUGUGGGUCAAAAACAAAACCGAGCGGCUGCGUGAGAGUGAGCAGAAGGACUGUGGGGGAUGAGUGGAUAGCAGGACGCACAAACAAAACUGCUUUAGACCACAUGGACUUUCCCCACGUGAAUCAAUAUUCAAGCCCUGCGCUCCCUGUUGAGCAAUGAGGCCAAAUAGAAAAGGCGGCUGAAAGACGGAUGGUAGAGAGGGAGGGCUCUGAGAUGCCGUGUUAGAGAAGCGGAUUCUCAUUGGAGGCAGAAAUAAGAACGAGAGAACGAGAAGAAACAGCCUCCCACGUCCUGAAGCCAUCUGACACGCUGCAGUCUGCAAGACGUGGUUAUUGUUAAGUGACUGUGAGGAAGAUCCCUGUGAAGAGAGGGAGGAUGUUCUCCAAGUUGAAGUGGCUGGUUCUGAUCCAGCUCCUGCUGACCGAACAGAGCCUGUGCAGAGUCCCGCCUCCUCCACCCAAAACGAACAACCUGCUUCAAACAACUCCGGCCAGUGAAGAUGCUGAGCAGAAACAGGACAUUCAGGUUCUCCUUGCUUCCAGUCCACAGCCAGACAAAUCUGAACCUACGUCGACUCUUUCUCAAAACGUGGAGAAGAUCCGAUCUGCUCAACUCGCGAUAUGGACUAUUUCAGAGAAGCUUCAGGGUCAGAUUCAAGAUCACCUCCAGACUCGAGGAAACGUCAGCUGCGCGGAGCUGCUGUAUGCCAGCGCGGUGGAUGAUCCGUUAUCCUCUGUGUUCCCUCAGGAGCUGCUGGGACUCUCGUUAGUGCCUGUCCUGGUGGCGUCAGGCUGCCCACAGGAGGCUCAGCUCCUGGUUCUGAAGCUGUACGACCUGCUGGGGAAGGCUGACACUGAGGAGCUGCUGAUGGAUUUGGUGGCUCUUAUAGAAAGGAAGAUGAGCAGGUCUACAUCAGCAUCGACUUCAGCAGCACUGCUUUCCGAGGGAGAAGAAGCAAGUCGGCAUAUAGAUGGAGUGAUGUUCAACAUUCAGCAGCUGGCUUUAGUGAAAGACGGUGGCCUUGCAUCACAGGAGGAUCAUUGUGAUGGUUGGAGCCGAGUGAAUGGGACGAUGAUACUGGGAACGGCUGUAAGAGGAGCUGCAGGUCGAGUGGAGGACGCUGUCAGAAGCUGUGAAAGACUCGGAGUCCUGUGUGCCGGUGUGACCAGCGGUGGACCUCUCAUGCCUGGAAUGUACCAAGCCGUGUUGAAGAAAGGUAGCCGCAUCUUUCCAUCCACAUCCUUGGAGUCUGAGUGCUGGAUCCGCCAGUGCAGUUCCCAGGAAGAGCUUUUUCAAUCCUCAGGUCAGCGGAUGAAGCGCAGCCCUCAGAGGAGCUGCAUCAACAAGGACGAGGAGCGUGUGUACAACGUGGUGGAGUGGAUCCCCGCGGUCAGCACCCUCUACAGCCUCGGCACGGCGGUCUACUAUGCCUCCAUCAAUUGCUCGGCAACGGCCAAGGAGAGAGCCAUCCUCAGCGCCGUGGACCUGGGUACAGACGCCCUGAUGGUGGCCACAGGCGGGACUGUUGGGGUGGCGGGGUACGCUGUGGGGGCAGGAGUGAAGACCGGUGUGAAAGCCGGAGUCAAGUACCUGCUGAACUCCAUGAAGGCAGAGGACGAUGUGCUGGUGAACCAGUCCAGCUUGGAAAGGGGAACCUUUACUGUCGAGUGAAAAAGUACAAUUCAGGCAAUUUGUAAUGUAGGAAUACCUAAUCAUUACGUUUAUUUGGGGGUGAAAAAUCCCAUGUGUAGAAGUAAAUAUUUUAAACAAAAACAUAGGUGGAUAAAUGGUUGGUAGUCAUACUGCCGAUCUUCUGUGCAACACUAUUUCGCCUGUAAAGCUGCAUUAGGUAACUUUUAUAAAAGAAAAAAGUUUUACAACAUAUUUUCUCAAACUUUCACUAUGUCCUGACAUCUGAACAAAUCCAAAUGCUUGGCCUUCUUUCUGUCAUCUGCAGAAAUACAUCACUCAGAAACAACUAAUCAAAGCCAGGAGGCAGGCCUUAGCGCUGUCAAUCACCUUUAUGCUAUAGCUCCUUCACCACAAUGGAGCCUACAGUGAAUAAACAGAUUUCCUAUAAGUUGUUUCUUCAGCAUUAGCACAUUGAGCAGCACAUACACAAGCUUGGUUGGCAAUGCUAAGACCUUCCUCCAGGCUCUGACUGGUUGUUUUUGACUGGGAGGGGACGGAGAGGGUUGAUUUUUUUCACAAGUUAUCUGUUUCAUAUUACAUUGCCAAGACAUUGUGAAAGUUUAGAGAUAUUUAAAAAAAACACAUAUUUUUAAUAAAGGUUAUUGUCAUUAGAAAGAAAAGUGUAAAUACUGCUGUAGCUAAGUUUAUUUUAAAUUCAUCAGGAAUUUCUUACAGUGGGAUUGUUUUCCUUUGGAAUAAAUGUGCUAAAAUAAAAGGUUAGAAUUUUCAAAACAUUUCACUAAUAAAAGAAAAAUCUAUACCUUAAUGUUUUUCAAGCUUUUAAUUUGACAACAUCUGAAAAUUAAAUGCAUUAGAAACUAAAAUAUUUCACAUAAAGAAAUACAUGUUUUUAUUAACUACUGACUCAUUUAGUUAUAGCAAACUGUGAAUAUUCAUUCUAACCAACGUAAUGGCAAACUAGACUAUUUAGAGUUACCACCAAUUUUUUAUAAAGUGGAUAUCUGUUUGAAUUAUCUGUACAUUUUGCAGCAGCAUUGAAAGACUGAUCUCAGGAAAAUAAACCUGCAACUCCUCAAACUUUUAUCUUGACUUUCUGUCCUGCCUUCUUAAUUUUCUCAAUGUGAUGUACAUGUAGGAAAAGUAAACUGAUAUGUUGGUAUUCCUAUAAUUUGUAUGUUUUUUUCUGUUAAUAAGUUGUAUAUUAAAUUCAUAUUCAGUGUUCUUUAUUUUAGUUUAGUUUUGUAUCCAUUUUUUUAUUCUAGAAAACUUGCAAAGAGGGCAUCAGGUCUAUGAUAACACAAAAAAAAGAUGCUGAAAGAAGCUAACUAAUCAUCAAUAUUAGCUACAUAGCACUCAACUAGCCCUUUGUAGAUUCAUCCAAAACAGAAAGCAGACACUGGCGCUCAGCAUUUGCUCCAACUAGACAAAAGGAGUCACUACCUCUGCACCUCACAGUAACUCAGUAAUCGCCAGCCUUGCUCUGGUGAGCAGGAUUGUAACUCAUCAGACAAAAUGUUGAUCGAGACUAAAACUCGAAGCUUAGGGAGAGCUCUGUCCUCAUCUGCUUGUGCUGCCUCCUGGCACCUCUGAACCCUCCUUAACGCCCAGCAGAGAGAAAUACAACGAGCUCAAACAUAAAUCUGACUCUGCAGCUGCAAUAGACGGAGUAAAUAUUUUUAUCAAGUUAUUAAUUUACUUUUUAAGAUUCAGCUGGCAGUUUCUCAGAACAAAACACAUGGCAGAGCAUGUUUUGCCAUUUGUCUGAGCCAUGCUUUAUGACUAGAAAUAAAAACGACAUAAAAAUG